AUGUCAGGCGGAAGGGAGGCCGAGGGGAGUCGGGAUGUGCGGCCUGAUCCCCGGCGGGAGGCGGGGGCUGGGGCCGAGCGGAGGCCCGGCAGGAGGCGGGGGCGACCUGAGCGAGAGGCCGAGGCCUCGGGGGGCCGGCGGCGGCCCUCGGGCCGCUCCCUGGGGCAGCGGCUGCAGGAGGCGGUGGGUCAGUGUUUCCCGCUGCGGAGCCUCAGCCCGGACCAGGCCUCGGCCUCGGCCUCGCGUGACGGCUCCACCCCCGGGAGGAAGGUGCGGAUCAGCGAACUGAUGUUGGACGAGUGUCCGUUCCCCGCGGACUCGGAAUUGGCCGCCAAGUGGCACCUGAUUAAGCAGCUCACGGCGCCAGUGUCCCGGGGAGCGGCGCUACUCGAGGCCGGGGAUCAGGAGGAGGAUCAGGCCUCAGGGGAAGCCUCGGACUCGAGUCCGGCGUCGCCCCCAGAGGAGGACGAGGAGGAGCGGCUGCGGGAGCGGCGGCGGAUCAGUAUCGAGCAGGGGGUGGAGCCGCCGCCGGACGCUCAGAUCCACACGUUCGAGGCCACGGCGGCCAUUAACCCGCGAUACAAACUGGGGCCCAAACUGGCGCCGGGGAUGAACGAGUUGGCGGGAGACCACAGGGCCACACUGAGGCCUGGGCCUCACCUGCCGCCGCCGCCCAGCCCGAGCAGCCCGGCCCCCCGGGGACAGCCUCAGGACAGCCCGGGGCUCGAGCGGGAGGACCAGGCCCACAGCCCGGGGUUAGCGUCAGAGCCGGGCCCCGGGGACCAGGCCCGCAGCCCGGGGCUGGAGUUGUCCCAGGACCCGGGGCCCAGGGCUCACACACAGAUCGACUACAUUCACUGUCUGGUGCCCGCACUGCCCGCACUGACCGCGCUGCCCUGUUACUGGGGCCGCAUCGACAGGUUUCAGGCCGAGGCCCAACUGCUCGGCCUUCCGGAGGGCAGUUUCUUACUGAGGGACUCCGCUCAGGAGGACUUCCUCUUCUCCGUCAGUUUCCGCAGGUAUAGCCGCUCGCUCCACGCCAGGAUCGAGCAGUGGAACCACAACUUCAGCUUUGAUGCCCAUGACCCCAGCGUGUUCCACUCGGCCACGGUAUGCGGGCUGCUCGAGCACUACAAAGACCCUGCCGCCUGCAUGUUCUUCGAGCCCCUGCUGUCCCUGCCUGUGGCCAGGCCGUUCCCCUUCAGCCUCCAGCGCUGCUGCCGUGCAGUUGUCUCCGGCUGCACCACGUACGAUGGCAUUGACCAGCUCCCCCUCCCCAAACCCCUCAAGGAAUAUCUGAAGGAAUAUCACUACAAGCAGAAGGUCCGUGUGCGGAGGCUGGACACCAGGUGACAAUCAAGUGAAAGGAUGGACAGAUAGUGGUCUGUGUUGGCCCAGCGACUGAUUCAUAAUAAUAAUAAUCCUGGAAUUCCAUCCAGCGCCAUGUCACGUCAUCAAGAUAUUGGCUCAAAGCGCUUCACAGGAUACAAUCUAAAGAGUAGUGACUGUAUUUUGUGGGUGAAACGUGGGGCCAAUUGCACAGCCCGAGACAGUCGUGCAUCGAGUGACCAGCAACAACAAACAACACUUUACAUUUGUACAGCGUCUUUCAAAUC